CUACUUGCCCUGAUAAUUGGAGUGAGUUUGGAGGUCGCUGUUUCCAUUACGUUUCAGUACAGAUGACCUGGGCUGAGGCUGAGAAAAACUGUCAGGCCAUGAAAGCAAACCUCGCAUCGGUAAACAAUGCUGAAGAUAAUCAAAACAUUCAGAAGGUGAUAAGAGCUGCAUCAUUCAAUGCCACACGAACAUGGAUUGGAGGCACUGAUUGCCAGAUGAAUGAUCUCUGGCUCUGGAGCGAUGGCAGUCAAUUUUUAUUUUCAGCAUGGAAACCAGGGCAACCAGACAAUUGGGAAAGUAACGAGGCUUGUAUAGAGAUAAAUCAUGGAGGAGGAGGCAAAUGGAAUGAUGUAAAGUGUUCCUCUCAUCGUCCAUCCCUGUGUGCCCUUACUCUGUAAAUGAUGCUGAGCCGAUGCAAAGAGUUGCUGCACCCACCAGAUUUUGUGUCAUCAGCUUCCAGUAUUAGAAGGCCUUUUUUUGUUUUCUGGUUCACUGUAACAGUAAACAGGAACUGGAUUUCCUAUUAGUCCUAUACAUUCUAUAAUGUUAAAGUGAGACCAUGUGGACAAACAUGCUACAUGUUUCCUUCUGCAGUAAUAAAUAAAUAAUGACUAAAGAUAAAA